GUAAUUAGCCAGUUGAUAACUUUAUCGAAAAGAUGAUAGAAACCACUGACAAAAAGUUAUUCUAUAAUACUAUACUGUCGCAAACAUUUUCUCCUGAUGGAAAUUAUCUUCUGGCCGGCAAUAUUUAUGGAGAUGUAUCAAUAUUUGAUUUAUCCAAGGUCUUGGGACCCAGCAAAGUAGAAGAAAAUGAAUUACAAGGGCCUAAUUAUCGCUUUGCUGCGCAUCCUGAUCAAGAAGUCGCAUGUAUGCUUUCUACGGAGCACUUCCUUGUGACAGGAACACGUGGUGAAAUAUCAGGAUGGGAUUGGAAAACAAUUACUUCCAGUAAAGCCAAGAAUAAGAUUUCUUGGAACAUUCAAAUUCCUGCUAAUAAAGACAAUUAUGACAAGCCAGAUAUAAAUUGUAUGGUGUACUCAACAACGAACCAUUUACUGUAUGCUGGCUGUGGAGAUAAUAACAUAUACAUCAUAAAUUUGGAGGAUGGAAAGAUUCUGAGAACUAUGCCAGGUCACACCGAUUAUAUACAUGGCCUUGCCAUAAUGGAUAAUCAGCUCGCAUCGUGUAGCGAAGAUGGUUCUGUAAGAUUAUGGGAUUUGCGCAAAAGGGAGAAUACUAAUAUAUUAACACCACAUUUAGUGGAUAAAGUUGCUCGACCGCGAUUUGGAAAGUGGAUCGGUGCCGUUGAUUUCACAGAGGAUUGGCUGCUGUGCGGCGGUGGGCCUAGUUUGUCGUUGUGGCAUAUGCGGACGAUGGAGGCAGCGACAAUCUUUGAUCUGGCCGAUCAGGGGAUUCAUGUAGCAGAAAUCUAUGAGGAACGUAUUAUUGCCGGCGGUGCGUCGGCUCAUGUUCAUCACACGACCUAUCAGGGUGAAAUCCUGGCCAAAGUACCAACUUCCAGUCUUACUGUAUAUAGCAUAGUGCACCAAAAUUCACCGCACAAAGUGCUCAGCGCGGCCGGUUCUUCAAACGGUAUUGACAUCAGUACAAAUUUUAAUUAUCGCGAGAUGACGCUCAAAUUUGCGUAAUAUUUAUUAGAAAUAUUUAACGAUCAUUUCACG